UGGAGUGUAUUGAAAAUGGCGACGGUAGCUUGUGUGUCGCGACGCAUUUCGUCGUCCGCGCGAUAUUUUCGCAGUUUUACGCGAUCCUACUCGUCGCGUCGUGUUGACAGUGACUACAGGAGAUUCCGAAAUGGUGCCGAGCUGCUGAUCACCGCUUCCGUCACGUUCCUGUUGGCGCAGCAGUGUCUACGACCGAAAGUGGUGCAUGCCUUGAAACCUCGCAAGAGAGAAGAUGACUUUCAUAAAGCAGUAAAGCUGACAACGAGGGAGAGAAGAUUCAUAAAGUUCGCAUCAGUGUCAUACGAUGGUCAAUUAUACAUGACUCCGCAGGAUUUUCUUGACAGUGUCAUUGAUGCUGAACCUCGACCAAGGUUAAAGAGACGCGUAUUGACCGAUCAAGAACUCGAUGUGAUGAGAAACUCAACUUCCUCACUACACCAUGGAAGCACGCAUAUGUUCCGAAAUUUGCGAGACAAAGGAAUUAUUUCUUACACGGAGUACUUGUUUCUUCUGUCUAUUCUGACGAAGCCGAAAACUGGUUUCCAAAUCGCCUUCAACAUGUUCGACACUGAUGGAAAUGAAAGAGUCGACAAAACUGAGUUCCUCGUGAUUCGUCGUUUACUCGGUGGCAGCCUAAAGGAACGAGAUCUUGACGAGCUGACGAAAUGUGCAUUACGUGCCAUAAUUGCUCCCGGUGAAGAGAAUCCGUGCAAGGCAAAACUUCGCGAAACUCAUCCGAUUAAAUCAAACGAAAUUACCUCAAAUUCUUAUAUGGAAAAGAUAUUUAGUCACGCAUGGAGGGGUCGCCAUGGAUGCGAAACCAAAGAGGAAUUGGAACAAUUACAGGAACGUCAGAAAACACCGGAAGAAAUUCAAGGUCAAUUUAUCGACGAUGAUCAGGGUUUACAACGACGUCAUGCUGUGGAUACUACAUUGAUGGUACAUUUCUUUGGUAAAGAUGGUAUAAAUGAAUUGAGAUAUGAAGAUUUCAAACGCUUCAUGGUGAACUUGCAGCAUGAAAUAUUAGAACUGGAAUUUCAUGAAUUUAGCAAAGGACACAAUACGAUUAACGAAUUGGAUUUCGCUAAGAUUUUAUUACGAUAUACAUACCUCGAACCUGACGAGUACGAUAAAUACUUGGACAGAAUGUUGGAUCGAGCAGACUUGCAUAUUGGUAUCACAUUCGAGGAAUUCCGACGCUUUUAUCAGUUUUUGAACAACCUAGAUGAUUUUUCUAUAGCGAUGCGAAUGUACACAUUAGCGGAUCAUCCUAUAUCAAAAGAUGAAUUUCAACGGGCCGUAAAAAUAUGUACAGGAUCAAUGCUUUCGACUCACAUAAUUGAUACAGUCUUUGCCCUGUUUGAUGUAGACGGAGAUGGUCAACUUUCCUAUAAAGAGUUUAUAGCAAUUAUGAAAGAUCGAUUACAUAGAGGCUUCAAGUCUCAACAACGUAAUGAGGGUUGGGAAGCAUUUAAAUUUUGCGUAAAACAAGAGAUGAAGGCGCCCUAAUGGAAAAUCGAUGGUGCAACAAAGAAUUGUGAAAACAGCGAUUAUAUGGUUUUCACAUGUAAUAAUAAUAUUGAUUAUUACCGGAUUGUCUUAUAGUUGCCUAUCUUCAUAUUAAUAUUUAUUCUAAU